CCGGGCUGGCGGAGGCCGUUUGCUGGUCCCGUUCCUGGGUGCAGGGGCUUCCUGGGCGCGCUCACGCCCCGAUGCCGAGCUCACGGCUUCUGGUGCUCUUCGGCAGCCAGACGGGCACGGCCGAGGAUGUGUCGGAGAGGCUGGGCCGCGAGGCCCGGCGCCGGCGUCUCGACUGCCGGGUGCAAGCCCUGGACUCCUACCCGGUGGUGAAUCUGAUUAACGAGCCCCUGGUGAUAUUUGUUUGUGCAACUACAGGCCAAGGAGACCCCCCUGACAACAUGAAGAGCUUCUGGAGGUUCAUAUUCCGGAAGAACCUGCCAUCAACCGCCCUCUGCCAGAUGGACUUCGCCGUCCUGGGCCUCGGGGAUUCCUCUUACACCAAGUUCAACUUUGUGGCCAAGAAGCUAUACCGACGGCUGCUGCAGCUCGGGGGUGCCGCCCUCCUGCCCGUGUGCCUGGGCGACGACCAGCAUGAGCUGGGGCCUGAUGCCGCCAUUGACCCCUGGCUUCACGACCUGUGGGAGAAGGUGCUGGAACUGUGCCCCAUGCCCCUCGGCCUCAGCGUGAUCCCCCCUGAAGUCCCUUUGCCUUCCAAGUUCGCCCUGCAGCUCCUCCAGGAGGCCCCCAGGGAGUGCUCUGCAGGACAGCGUGGGGCCAGGACAGAGCCUCCGAGCUCCCCCUCAGAGCUGCAGCCCUUCCUGGCACGCAUGGUCACCAACCAGAGGGUCACCGGCCCCUCACACUUCCAGGAUGUUCGUCUCAUCGAGUUUGACAUCUCGGGCUCAGGCAUCAGCUUUGUGGCCGGCGACGUGGUGCUGAUCCAGCCCGAGAAUACAGCCAGGCACGUCCAGCAUUUCUGCCAGGUGCUGGGCCUGGACCCUGACCAGUACUUCACGCUGCAGCCUCGGGAACCACAUGUCCCCUGCCCCGAGCGGCUGCCCCAGCCCUGCUCUGUGCGGCACCUCGUGUCCCAGUACCUGGACAUCGCCAGCGUGCCACGCCGCUCCUUCUUUGAGCUCCUGGCCUGCCUGUCUCCGCACGAGCUGGAGCGGGAGAAGCUGCUGGAGUUCAGCUCUGCUGCUGGCCAGGAGGCACUGCAUGAAUACUGCAGCCGGCCCCGCAGGACCAUCCUGGAGGUGCUGUGUGAUUUCCCACACUCGGCGGCGGCCAUUCCCCUGGACUACCUGUUGGACCUCAUCCCCCCGAUCCGUCCCCGUGCCUUCUCCAUUGCCUCCUCUCUGCUGGCUCACCCUGCGAGGCUGCAGAUUCUCGUGGCCGUGGUCCAGUAUCAGACUCGCCUCAAGGAGCCCCGCCGGGGCCUCUGCUCCUCCUGGCUUGCAUCUCUGGACCCUGCACAAGGCCCUGUCCGGGUGCCCCUGUGGGUGAGGCCUGGGAGCCUGACCUUGCCACAGACACCAGACACGCCUGUGAUAAUGGUGGGGCCUGGCACUGGCGUGGCCCCCUUCCGAGCAGCCAUCCAGGAGAGAGUGGCCCAGGGUCAGAGGGGGAACUUCCUGUUCUUUGGCUGCCGCCGGCGGGACCAGGACUUCUACUGGGAGGCUGAGUGGACGGAGCUGGAGCAGAAGGGCUGCCUGACCCUGGUUACAGCAUUCUCCCGGGAGCAGGUGGGUGUGUGCAGAGGGCUAGGGAGGGUGUGCGGGGCUGGGGUGCAGACUCACCCGCCCGUCCUGCAGGAGCAGAAAGUGUACGUGCAGCACCGGCUCCGAGAGCGUGGGCCGCUGGUGUGGGAGCUCCUGGACCGCCGCGGCGCCUGCUUCUGCCUGGCAGGCAAUGCCAAGUACAUGCCGGCAGAUGUGUCCGAAGCCCUGCUGUCCAUCUUCCAGGGGGAGGGCGGGCUCUCGGGCCCCGACGCGGCUGCCUACCUGGCCCGGCUGCAGCGCACCCUGCGCUUCCAGACUGAGACGUGGGCCUGAGGAGCUGCCUGCUGGCCACUGUCACUAGACUGCUGCCCUGUCUGACCCCAGGUGGGAGGAUGGCCAGCCCCCUGUGCACGCUGCCUGGGUCCACAUUCAGCCCCAACCCCACUGCCCUCCCUGGUCGCCGGUUCCAGCUGCCGUUUCCUACUGGCCCCAACCUGCGUCCUGCUCAGGUGGUGACCUAGGAAGGCAGCAAAGCCUGGUGGGAAUCAGGGAGCUUCCCUGAACAUCAGCUUCCAGACAGCAUGGGAACCGGGGGUGCGGGGUCCCUGAGAGGGCCAGAUUGCCCCUCCUCUGUCCUGGGCAGCCGUGGGGCUCCCAGUCCUCCUCUGCCACGUGUGUGCCCCCAGGGCCCCGCAGGGCUCAGGGUUAAAGGCAGAGGCCCUGGCCGCACCCACCAUCCCUGCCUGGUCCCAGAAAGCCUUGGCAAUAAAGUUCAGGCUCAGGGGUCUU